UCGCGUGAAGUUGCAUCAUCGACCGCAGUGUUUGAUAUCGAAAAGUUCCAGAACGCGUUCGGCGUCCAAUGAGGGAGCCAAUUUACCGCACAUCUUCCGACGAACGGACGCUCCUAUUGGAUAUCGAACGUUCUCUCGAAAUCUAUCGAAGCGAGAGUAUCGCAGUCGUUUCGUCCGCGAUUGUAACGUCAGACAUCGGACGUGAGCCUUUUGCAACGUGAAAUCUCGUCGUGUGCAUGCCGUGCCACCAAUUACAUUUGUGCGCGUUCGUCAUGGCUGGCGAGGGAUGAAUCAGUCGGCUUUGAGCGUCGUGAAAUAUCGUCGUGUAUGCGCGCGUCAGUACUCGCUAGCGAGGCGUAUUACGCGUACGCACGAUCGCACGACAAUGGAGUAAAUGUUUAUGUUUAGGAGCAGCGCAGCUUUGUGGUACAAGGAUCGAUGCACGCCGCUGCCAAUCGUCGCGACACGCACCGCUUCGCGCGUGGAACAUGUUCAGGAACGUUUCCCACACUCCGUAUUUAAUCAGUGUCACUUGAUACAAUCACGGUGAGACGCGUGGAGCAUUGAGACGGCCUCGACGAAUUCUCCUGCAGGCUUGCACAAAUAUCAUGGGUCGUUAUACAGGCAAAAAAUGUCGUCUGUUAACAAUGUUAUGGCUGACAGCUUUGUUCUUCUUAGUGGAAAUAGUAGUGGGUUAUGUGACCAAUUCGAUGGCAUUAAUAGCAGACAGUUUCCAUAUGUUAUCAGAUGUGGCUGCUUUAGUAGUAGCAUUUCUCUCUGUAAAGAUGUCACCAAAAAAGUGGUCAAAAAAUACUUUUGGCUGGGCUAGAGCAGAAGUAUUAGGAGCAUUAGUAAAUGCUGUCUUUUUAGUUGCUCUGUGUUUUAGUAUUACUGUGGAGGCAUGUAAAAGAUUUAUUGAGGUAGAAGAAAUACAUGAAGCCAAACUUCUCGUGGCAGUUGGAGCUCUUGGUUUAUUGGUGAAUGUGAUAGGCUUAUGUUUAUUCCGUGAACAUGGAAGUGCUCAUGGUCACUCGCACGGUAUAUCUCGAAGUCAUAAUAGACUGAGCACUCUAGUAGGUACAGAUGAUAAUGAGAACGAUGAAGCUUACAGACCCUCGACACCUCAAGUGAAGAAAGCGCACGGUCAUAGCCAUGAUGCAAGUCAAAUGAAUAUGCGAGGUGUUUUCUUGCAUGUGCUUUCUGAUGCAUUAGGGUCUGUUAUUGUGAUUGUGUCUGCCUUGAUUGUAUGGCUCACAAAAUGGCAAUACAGAUUCUACAUUGAUCCCGCACUAUCACUAUUAUUAGUCAUUCUGAUUCUACAUUCAGUAUGGCCAUUACUCCAAGAAUCAGCUUUAAUUUUACUGCAGACUGUGCCAACACAUAUUCAGGUCGAUGCUAUACAGCAACGUUUGUUAGAAAAUGUAGACGGAGUAUUAGCCGUACAUGAGUUCCAUGUGUGGCAGUUAGCGGGUGAUCGUAUUAUAGCUAGUGCGCACAUAAGGUGUAGAAAUCUUUCCGAAUAUAUGAAAAUCGCCGAGCAAGUUAAAGAGUUUUUCCACAAUGAGGGUAUACAUUCUACAACUAUUCAGCCGGAAUUUAUUGACUAUCAUUCUAAUAGCGAAAUUAAAGAAACUCCCUCGGAAGAUUGCGUAUUGGAUUGCCCAAAGACUGAUAAGCCUUGUAAUCAAGCGACAUGUUGCGGUCCUUCAAAACAAGGUCGUGAAACUCCGUCACCUGGAGAAACGCCGUACAUGUGCAGACAACGUAAUAGCCUGGCACGUUCAACUGGCUCUAUAGGAGGCGUAGAACAACAAGAAGUAAAUGAAAUGGAACGCGGACAUUUGCUGUCACUGCCCACUUCGCAUCACUCCGUCCAACUUCCUCACCCUCACGUUAACACACCAACUGUCUGAGUUCUCAUUGCAUUAUCAGAUAUCUACCUCCAUAGCAAAAUACGCGGCGCGUCACGAUUUAUUGUACAAAUGCAAUAAAUGAGUAUAUCUACAUAAAGUUCAUUAAUAUUGCAGUUAAUGGCAGAAGUUAAGCCACAUAUUUACAAUCAAGUUUUUACUUAUAGAGAUGCGUAUAAUUAAGAUAUUUGAUAAUUAAAUGCCAAAGGCAUGUUAAUACCAAAUAUAUCGUGUUAGAUAAUGUUUUAAUAUAAUAAGAAUAUUUGUUUUUGGACGUAUUCUUUAGAAAUAACAAAGCUUCGGAUAUUCAAUGCAUAAUUUACAAUGCAGAAAUUAUUUUUCUAAUUUAAAACUGUAAAUUGUGUUCAAUAAUUAGAAAAAUGGUUUUUGUUUAAAUCUCAUAUAUUGGUCAAUAUUAUAGUACGGACGCUACUUUGAGUUUUAUUUAUAUGUACUUUUUUAUCGAUUAGUUUAUACUGGGUAGUUUUUAACAAGGUAAUAUAUAACUCUAUAAGCGAGAGUACCAAAUCUCUUCAGUAUACUUAUCUAUAUAUGCUUUUCUCCGUAUAUAAUUCUCAAAUGUUAAGUAUGUAUAUUUUUUAUGUAUUUCUAGUAAGCUUGACCAAUUACAGAAGAGUAUUGCAAAAAGCGAA